UUUCCCUUCCUUUCCCUUCCAACUCAAAUCAAUGGCCACCGGCCUCUCCUUCCUCUUCCUCCUCGCCGCCGUCUCCAUUGCUCUAUCUCUCGCCGGAGCUCAACCGGCACCCGGAUACUACCCGAGCUCCAAAGUCCCCACACUUGGAUUCAAUCAGGGGUUCAGAAACCUAUGGGGUCCUCAGCACCAGACCAUAAACCAGGGAGACUUAACCAUCUGGCUCGAUCGAAGCUCGGGAAGCGGGUUCAAGUCGCUCACUUCGUAUAGGUCGGGUUACUUUGGGGCAUCCAUCAAGCUUCAAUCCGGUUAUACUGCUGGCGUCAUUACUUCAUUAUAUUUAUCGAACAAUGAGGAUUACCCGGGUAAUCACGACGAGAUAGACAUAGAGUUUUUGGGGACGACUACGGAUAAACCAUACGUGUUGCAGACAAAUGUGUACAUCCGAGGGAGUGGGGAUGGACAUAUUGUCGGACGAGAGAUGAAAAUUCAUCUAUGGUUUGAUCCGACACAGGCUUUUCAUCGCUACGCUAUUCUUUGGAAUCCAAAUGAAAUUAUAUUCUUUGUGGACGACAUCCCCAUAAGAAGGUAUCCAAAGAAGAGCGACGCGACAUUCCCAAACAGGCCCUUAUGGGUAUACGGUUCCAUAUGGGACGCUUCUUCCUGGGCCACUGAAAACGGAAAAUACAAGGCAGACUAUAAUCACCAACCAUUUGUUGGUCGAUACAAUAACUUCAAACUCGGUGGUUGCCCCGCCAAUGGGCCUUCCUCUUGUGGGUCACCUUGGGGAACGUCAUCGGGCCCUGUUGGUCUUAGCCGCCAGCAAUACGCGGCCAUGAGCUGGGUUCAGAGGAACUAUUUGGUCUACGACUAUUGUCAUGACCCGAGGAGAGACCACACUCAAAUACCCGAGUGCUAAAGAUGGAAAUUGAUCCUAUCAAAUUUAUCAUAAUGUGUGAUUAUUUUGUUUUCAAUGUUAUUUUUAUUUGAAAAUUGUAAGCAUGUUAUACACAUCUCGAUUAUUGAGGAUAUGUUUGGAUUGGGGGAGUUUGAGACGGGUCUGCUAGCCAAUAAUGAAAAGGCGGUUGAGCGUCCAAACCUCCAAAAUGUAUGAAUCUUUAUAUAUUACUAUUGUAUUACUAUUGAAAUAAUGAAAACUUAAUUUCAUAU